AUGUUUGCUGUCCUCGUCCCAGGUCGCCUCGUGCAACCCGUCGUCCAGCUGCCAGACUCGCCCGAACGGUUCGCCGUCCAGAUCCCGGACGCCCACGACCUGAACCACAUCUCGGUCUUCCUCACCGGCCAGGCCCCGUUCCCGGACGGCUACGGCUGCACCAUCCACCUCGAAGCGCCAGGAAAGGGCUGGCAGCUCAUCGGCGGGCUCACCAACGCCAAGCCGUCGGCCAUCUUCCGCCUGCGCGGCACCUUUGUCGCCUCGUCGGCCGCAUCCACCUCGUCCUUUGGCUCGUCCGGCUCGUCCAGCACGGCGACACUCGGCAUCUCGUGCGAGCCCCUCGCUGCCGUCGAGGCGCAGCUCGCGGCGCUCGGGCAGACGGGCGCGGGCGCGGCGGCCAACCCUGCGCUCGCGACGGCGCUCGUGCCCGCCAAGCCGGCCGGGCCCGACCCGGUGCAGCUCGCGGCGCUCGUCGGAAAGAACCUGUUCAACGCCGUCGGCAGCUUUGCGCAGCCGUUGCCGAACGGGCAGGGCUCGUGGAUCGAGUUUGGGCUCGUCGAGAAGUGGUACAGGGAGUUUGAGCGCAAGCUGCGGACGACGGGCGUCGGGUUCCUGCUGAGGAGCGACUGAGGGGGCGGUCAACGUUGGCGGGAGCGAGUCUCGCAGAGCUGGUCCGGCCGUGUUACCUUGUUGUUCGCCAUGCAUCUAAAGCAAUCGCAUCGCAGUCGUGACUGUC